GGAUUGAUAUCUCGGAUGAAUUUAGCUUUUCGCACAUGCUGGAGUUUUCUAAAUUGGCUGUGGCUUUUGCCAUCGAGCUUGGAGGUUCACUUUGAAUGAUUUUUAUAUCUACUUGUCUUAGACCACGCAGCAACGUUGGUAGACUUGUAGUUGACUUGUAGGUGGGCGUUUCCGGCGUCAUGACGUACGUGAUGACCAUUAUGAGCCACCUGCGUCAGAUUAUGAUUAUCCAUCAAAUCUUCUCGCCCCGCAUCGUCCCCGCGUCCCACCAUAUAUAAAGAUCCUUGAUUGUUUCACAUUGCUUUAAACAAGCUGUGAGCGCAGCUGCGACUUGAAAGAAACCAUGCCCCAGCCGCAGCGAAGAUUAUCUGUUCGACGAGGAUCUGUUAGUGCAUCUGAUCCAUUCGGGCAGCAUGCUUCCCUCAACCAUGAUCCUAAUCGAUCUUCAUCCUCGACUUUGACCAUCGUUCGUGUCCUGAAUCCCAGUUCGCAAGCAGGCGCACCCCAAGGUACUGGGACCAGUCAGAUCCAUCUUUCAGACCCGCCUGCACCAGGGCUUCACCGCCGUUCAAUACGUCAUCCUGGAAGUGUAACUCCUUCGACGAAUGCAGAUGGAUCAGCUAGUAGGCUCAGCUUUGCAUUUUCAUCCUUCGCUCCGAAUUCUUCAAAUUCCGGUUCUUCAUCUGGGACAGCACCAGCUGUUACUACUACCUCGAGCCGGCGAGCCUCCAGCCCAUCUCCUUCCCCUCGUCUACGCUCUAGCUCACCGCAGUUCAACCGGAGACUAUCUUCCUCAGGUUCUACCCCAUUUUCAAAACCCAACUUGUCCCCAGAACAGCUCGUCGACCUUGCUCGUCAAUCAACCAGCCCUCGUUACGUCCCUCCGUCUGCGUCUACUCCUAGUACACCUCAUCCUCCUGCGCUUGCAGGCCCGGGGGGUUCCUCCUGUCCGGCCGCUGACACAAUGACAGCACCUGCAACAUUCACCCCUUUACCCGAGGACGUAUACCUUCCUUUCAUCGAUCGCCCCGCUGAAGUAGCCCAAUUACUAUCAACUCCACCCACAACCAAACUUUUUUCCCUCCUCGCUCAGACAUUUCCCAGGAAACAAGCCUCAGAAGAUCUUGAUGAUGCUGCAUUCUCUACGAAUCCUGCGAAAUGGUCCUUUGGGACUUUGCGUCUCUGGCUAACCACUAUGGAUCGGCAGACAGUCAGUGAUGCCCUCUGGGUGCGCAACGCGCGCAGAUGCGUUCUUUCCCAUUCCGAGCUCAUCUGGGAGCGUCUGAAGGGGGCUCUUGGCGUCCCUCCAGAACUUGAGGUUGAUGAUGAAGAAGAAGACGACGCGGAGAGUGUAAUCGCUGUAGAUGAUCAGCUGUCAGGCGUCCCUGCCGCUCCUAUUCCAGCAAUGUUGGAUGUAGGCGCGGCUUUCGAAGAUCCUGGAGAGACAGACACACUCCAUACAUUGCCACCUAGUGAUGCCCAACCUUAUGACUCUAUGUCCUCAUCCCCAGUAGAGGACCCCCUCUCAACCCCAACUCACUUGUUGAUUGAGCCCAUACUCGCAACACUUUCCUCAAACGCGAAUGUCUCCACUCCUGGUUCAGCUAAUCCGCCCCCGCUCAGCCUCCUAUCAAACUUGUCGCAGUCUACUUCUCUCGGACAGGGCGAUGGACUGCAUGAUAUUGGCGAGGAGGCAGAAGAUGAGGCGUGCGCAGACACCGAUCCGUCCGAAAAGGAAACUCGACCUGUCGAAGAUUCUUCGCAGAUUCAUGGAUUACGCAUCUCUACUUCGCCUGUGCCGCAUUCUCCUGCUAUUGCGCCACAAUCAUUUUCAUAUCCUACUAGCCCAGUCAUAAACGUCAACGACUCGAGACGCAACAGCACUGAGCUUAAAUGGUUGUCGGAAUUUUCCCUCCCCCUUACUAGGCGCGUUUCUCGUACGAGUUCGCAUGGUUCUGUCAACAGUCUUGGACGGCCCACGUUCAGCACCUACAGUCACAACUACAACUCAGCUGGAUCUGACUUCGGCGACAACGAUAGCGAGCGCGUGUACGAUCCUGUUGGAGACCGUGCCCCAGGAAACCCGCUCUUCCCAAGCAAUUUCGCACGGCUGGCAUUGGGCCCAACAUUGAGCGCGAAGUAAGACUUCCUUUGGAAUAUUGCUUGCAACAAUUGACUUUUGACCGCUCUUUCACUCAGUAAUCCGAAUUUGCGCUCGCCACGCUCUUCCACCCACCCAGCGCAUUCUCGUUUCGCCAAGUGGGC